GCAACCUGACGAGCCAGGCGGUGGUGCAGGUAGAGGUCAAGGACGUGAACGACAACCACCCGAGGUUCGAACCCAACCGCUACCCGAUCAACGUGGUGUCGGGCGUGGCCCCGGGCCCUCUCAUCACCGUCCAGGCCCGGGAUCUGGACAGUGGUCACUUCGGCACGGCCACCUACAGCAUCAUCUACGGCAAUGACCAGGGCUUCUUCUCCGUCAACGCUGACACAGGCGCAGUCUCUCUAGACCAACAGCUCCCCCCUGGUGAGCGAGUGUUCCGGCUGCACGUGCUGGCCACGGACGGUGGUGGUUUGACCUCCCCUGACCCCGCCCAGGUGACGGUGAGUGUGAUCAGCGGGGCCGUUCACCCCCCUGUCUUCUCACCCACCAUGUUCAACUUUAGCGUGGCUGAGGACGCGUUGCCAGGGAGAGUGGUGGGCCAAGUGCAGGCAACUCUGGACGACACGGGCGGGAACUCGGAAAUCAGCUACAGCAUCACGUUCCAGACAGAGAGUUGGUUCCAGGUGAACUCUAGCACGGGCAAGAUCACCACCAGCGGUCAGCUUGACCGUGAGCGACACGCUUUUGUCGUGCUCAACGUCCAGGCCCAGGCUCACUUCCCUCACGUGUACGCCGUCGCUCAGGUGAACGUGAGCAUCCAGGACGUAAACGACAACGCCCCGAGCUUCCCCCCGACAGCCAUGUUGGAGCUGGAAGUCCGUGAGGACGAAGCACCGGGGACACCGCUCUACGUGGCCCGCGCCCGCGACCUUGACACUCAGAACAACGGUGUGAUCGUCUACCAGCUGCAGAAGGUGCCGGGGAAUCUCUUCUCCAUCAACGACCAGACGGGAGAAAUCACACUGAUGGACGCCCUGGAUUACGAGAAACACAAAGAGUACCAGGUCCUGGUCAUGGCGAAGGACAUGGGAUCACCGUCCUUGAACUCCAGCAUGAACCUGACGGUCAAGGUGAAGGACAUCAACGACAAUGACCCCGUGUUCGACAAGGCGGUCUACGACUUCCACGUCGCGGAGAACGUUGAGAUCGGUCACGUUGUGGAUCAGGUUCUGGCCACGGACGACGACUCGGAUCACAACGGGCGGAUUUCUUACUCCUUCGUGGACGAUAGACACGCGUCCACUUUCGGCAUCUCGCUGGUGGAGGGAAAAAUCUGGACACGAGAUCUGCUGGAUCGGGAGAUUCACGAUCGUUUUGAGAUGAUCGUUCAAGCUGUUGAUCACGGCAGCCCUCAGCGGUCAGCGACAGUCCUUGUCAGGAUCAUCGUCACUGACAUCAACGACAACGCUCCGGAGUUUAGCCGUGAGGAGUACCGCUUUUCCAUCGAGGAAAAUCUCCCGGCAAAUAGUUUGGUGGGAAAGGUGGUGGCGGUGGAUCGAGACAGCGGAAACAACAGCCGCCUCGAGUACUUCUUCUCCGGCCCGCAGACCAACUUCACCAUCAACCCUCAGAACGGAGAGAUCCGAACCCGGAUCCCCUUGGACAGAGAGCUGGUUGCGAGCCACGUUCUGACUGUCUACGUGUCCGACAGCGCCACCGAGCCCAAAACCGCGAAGGCCAAAGUGAAGGUCAGUGUUGUGGACGACAACGACAACCAGCCUGUGUUCCAGAGGCAGGGCCCGUUCAGCGAGAGCGUGUCGGAGAACCGGCCCAAGGGCACGGAGGUCACCACUCUGGUAGCUUUGGACUACGACCAGGGAGAUAACGGACUGGUCACUUACUUCUUUGACACUGACUGGAGCGAGCCGGAAGCCCUGGAGAACUUCGCCAUCCACCCACGGUCUGGCAAGGUCACCACGAAGGAAGUCUUGGACUACGAGGUGCGCAGUACGUACCAGCUGAGAGUGGUGGCACAGGACGGGGGUUCGGAACCUCGGCAAGCCGCACAGCUGUUGACCAUCUCUGUGCUGGACGCCAACGACCAAGCCCCACUCUUCCACGCCCGCAACGUCGACUUCGACUGUGUGGAGAACGUGAGCGUGGGCACGGUGGUGGGCCGCGUGGAGGCCACAGACCGCGACUCUGGCAACAACGGGAAGGUCAGCUAUUACCUGGUGGGUGGCAACGUGUUCAGCUCGUUCUCCGUCAACCGCAGUUCGGGCGUGAUCCAGACGGUGCGGGAGAUCGACUACGAGGAAUCCUCCAGCCACACGCUCAGCAUCCAGGCGUACGACAACAGCGCCGCGCUCCCUCGCAGCAGUAACAUCACCGUCACCAUCAACGUGAUAGACGUCAAUGACAACGCGCCUCAGUUUGAACAGGACCCAGUGAUCAUCCGAACGGUGGCGGAGAACACACGGGAGAACCACGUGGUGCACACCUUCAUCGCUACGGACCGCGACUCCGACGUGAACGGGACGGUGCGCUACACCAUUGAGUCGUACUCCGGGGAGGAGGAGGGGCUGGGGCCGUACUUCAGCAUCGACGCCUUGACCGGGCAGCUCUACGUGUCUGGCCACAUCGAUUUUGAAAAGGUUGAUCAGAUCUCUGUGAUCGUGCGUGCGGAGGACAUGUGUCCGGACCGCGACCACCGCCUGCACUCCCUCAUGACCACCAUCGUGUACGUGACCGACAUCAACGACAACGCGCCCGAGUUCGAGUCCACGGACCAGCUGACCGUGUCGGAGGAGGAGGCCGUGGGCUUCAUGAUCCUGGUGGUGGUCGCCGUGGAUGCAGAUGCAGACGUGGACAACAGCGGCAACAACCGCGUGCGCUACAGCAUCGUGUCCGGGAACAGGGAUGGAAAGUUCUUGCUCGGGGAAGACUCGGGAUACCUGACCAUCUACGACGCGCUCGACCACGAGACUCAGGCCAGCUACACGCUCAACAUCAGCGCGGAGGACUCGGGCACGCCCAAACAAGUGUCGCAUCAACUUCUGCACAUCACCGUGGCAGACGUCAACGACAACCCGCCGAUCUUUGUACAGUCGGUGUACCACGCCAACAUAUCGGAGAACGCCUCGCCCCCGACUCACGUGGUCACCAUCCAGGCGACGGAUGCCGACACAGGUGUGAACGGAGAGCUUCGCUACAGCAUCCCAAGUGGCAUCGCUGAGGACGAGUUUGUCGUGGAGCCAAUCACCGGAGCGGUCAACGCUCGCAUGGCCCUGGACAGGGAGAAAAGAGAUUUGUACACCGUCACCGCGUACGUCCAGGACGGAGCCUACCCAGUCCACUACAGCAGCUGCACCAUCCUGAUCACCGUUGUGGAUGAGAAUGACAACCGCCCUCGCUUCAAGAGCCAGACGUACACAGUGCAGGUGCCGGAGAACCGGGUCAGACAGCGUCUGCUCAGCGUGGUCGCCUCGGACGACGACCUUGGGGAGAACGGACGCAUCACUUAUGAGAUCUCCAAUGACUACGACGGAAAAUUUAGCAUCGACCCGGAACACGGACAUCUGUCGAGCGAGCCGUUGGACCGUGACACGACCCCAUCGUACAAGCUGAUCGUUUCAGCGCGGGACCACGGCUCCAACCCGCACACAGCCACCGCCACUGUCGAGGUCAUCGUGCUGGACGAGAAUGACAACAGUCCGACCUUCACCAAAUCGGUGUACACAGGCAGGAUCCGCGAGGACGUGGGUCUGGGGGAGGUGGUGGUCAAAGUCUCGGCCCACGACCCCGACCUUGGCCCCAACGGAGCGGUCAUGUACUCUCUGGGCAACGACACCGAGGGCUUCUUCGAGAUCGACAGCGCGACUGGAGAGAUUCACACCAGCGGGUCGUUCGACCGAGAGCGGAACCAAUCAUUCUCCUUCCUGAUCGUGGCCUCCGACAACGGCACCACGGGUCCGCGGAACAGCUCGGCACAGGUGGACGUGACGGUGACGGACGUGAACGACAACGCGCCUGUGUUCUCCGAGGUACCCUACACCUCCAGCCUCAGCCUCACCACGCCCACUAACAAGCUCAUCUUGACGGUCAACGCCACCGACCGCGACCUGGGCCUCAACGGGCAGGUGGAGUACCGGCUGCAGGCGUACGACUCAUCCAGGGACAGUCUGCAGUACUUCCGCAUCGACCCGACCUCGGGCCGCGUCUACACCAACAAGUCCCUGCUCUUGACAAACGCCGCCGGACAUCACAGUCUGCUGGUGGUCGCAACCGACUCGGCCGCUUCCCCGUCAGCACGCCUCAGUUCUACAGGAGUGAUUGAGAUCACCGUAGGGUCGGAGUCCAGCGAACAGUUCAAGUUCACCCGUAGCGAGUACACAGUGGAGAUCGACGAGUCCUUGGGUCAAGGUCAGCUGGUGACAGAGGUCCAGGCCGGCUUCAGUGGGCAGACGUCCACAGCUGCGACGUACAGCUUCGCCACGGGCAACGAGAACAACGCUUUCAGCAUGGAGCGCAACACAGGCCAAAUCAGAGUACAGAAGUCGGAGCUCCUUGACUACGACACAAACCCUCAAAUCCGCCUCAUUGUGUCGGCCAGCUCGGGCAGCCACCACGCCUACGCGACCUUGUGGGUGAACCUCAAGGACAUCAACGACAACGCCCCGCGCUUCUCCCAGUCCCGCUACGUGUCGGCCAUCUGGGAGAACAACCAACCAGAGACCUUUGUCACUCAGGUGACGGCCCGUGACGCAGACAGCGGCCUCAACGGCCUCAUCGACUACUACAUCAUCGGGGGUGGGGAGAAGGUGUUCGUCAUCCAGGACUCGCUCACGGGGAUCGUGCAGACACACAUCGAGGCGGCGCCCCUGGACAGAGAGGCCCGCCCCGAGGGAUACAGACUGACCAUCCAGGCGCGCGACCGUGGCACUCCUCCCAAGACGGGCGUCUGCACCCUCCUCAUCACCAUCGUAGACGAGAACGACUCACCCCCGCACUUCCCCGACAUCGGGCCGCUCAACGUCAGCGAGAAUCGAGAUGUGGGCUACGUCGUUGCCAUGGCAACUGCCAACGAUGUGGACUUGAACCCUAUCCUGGUGUACGACUUCACAACAGACGGCAACCCCGACCAGACAUUCAGCCUGGAGCGAUCCACGGGGCGCCUCACGCUGGCGAAACGUCUGGACCACGAGAAAAAGUCACACUACACCGUGCGCAUUCAGAGCUCACAUCAGCGAGUCAGCUCAGAAAGGUCACCUGGUGCUGCAAGUGACGGCCAUUGACGAGGACAACGCGCACCGUGGCGACAACAUCAACUACACGCUGGUGGGCACAGGGUCCGAACACUUCCACAUCCGGCAGCGCACGGGCCACAUCUACUACAGCGGCGGCAUUGACUACGAGCUCCGCACCCGCUACGACCUGACAGCCUUUGCCACAGACAGGGGGACCCCGCCGAAAAACUCGUCCGUUCCUGUGACGAUUAUUGUGGACGACGAAAAUGAUAACGCUCCGGUUUUUGUGCAGGAGCGCUACUCCAUCACCCUGCCGGAGGAUUACCCGCCCCUGAAGGAGUUCUUGCGUGUCAAUGCCACGGACGCCGAUUCCGGCUUGAAUGGGGAACUGCGUUACUCCAUCACAUCGGGGAAUAGUGAGGGAAUCUUCAUCAACCGAGACAACCAGGGGGGGCUGGUGAUCAUGGAGCAGAUGCAUUUAGAUUAUGAGUCGCACACCUCGCACCGUCUCAUCCUCCGCGUCGUCGACUGCUACCGCUGCAAUCAGACUGCACCCCGGCUCUCGGCGUUUGUCACCGUCGACAUAUUUGUGACUGAUGUGAGCGAGUCCAAGCCUCUGUUCCCGAUGCAGCAUUAUGAAGCAGAUCUGCCGGAGAAUUCUCCGCGUGGCACCGUCGUGUUUCGGGCGCACGCCAACCACGGGGACAGAGGGGAUGCGGGUCGUGUCACGUACGAGUUCUUAAACGAAUUCUCCAACGAGUUCUCCCAGACCUCCCAGAAGUUCGAGAUCCGUCCCCUCAGCGGGGAUGUCCGUGCGCUUUACGAGUUUGAUUUUGAAAAUCCCAAUUUGCCCCACUUGUACAAUCUCACGAUCAGCGCUCGGGACACGAGCGGGAACCUGGAUGUCGCUGACGUCACAAUCCGCGUGGUGGAUAUGGAUGAGUUUGACCCACUUCUGACGGCCCAGGAGUACAACUUUGAGGUGCCGGGCUCUGCCAAAGCUGGUGACUACAUCGGCCAUGUGUCGGCAACCGACUUGGAUGAAGGAGCGGCGGGCAGACGCGUGUACAGCUUCCUGGAGCCCAGCGACUACUUCACCAUCAACGAGGCGACGGGCAACAUCACGGUGGCAGUUACCCUCCACGACGACCCGCCCCCCGUCAGGACCCAGACCUCACGCAGGAAGAGGGCGUUGACCUCUGACACGGAACACCUGACCAUCCAGGUGAGCUCAGGGCAGCCGGGGUCAAGGGUCGGCACCGCGCAGUGCAGCAUCACCAUCGACCGCAGCUGUCCCGGCUGUGCCGCGCCUGUGGGGAAACUGCGCGCGGACGAGGGGAUGGACGGAGGGGUGUUGGCAGGGAUCAUCGUGGGCUGUAUCGUUGUCAUCAUCAUCACCAUCGCCAUCAUCCUCUUCUUCAUCUACCGCCGCCGCAGCCCGAGGAAGGCCGUGCCAAACUACUCAAGUGACUCCACGCUUGACCUUGAACCCCCGCCCCAGCUGCCCCACGACAGAACCUUCCACGGAGACGUGAUCCGCAUCAACCGGCCGCCCCAGGGGAACCACCUGGUCUCAGACAUCUCUGACCAGUCUCACAACUCGGCCUCUAGCGGGCGGGGCUCGGCCGAAGCGGAGGAGGAGGACGAAGAGAUCAGUCGCAUCAACUCGAGCAGUUUCCUCCACUCGUCGCAAGCGUUCCGGCAGAAAGCCAUGCCCGACUCGGGCAUCCAGCACGACGACGACACUCUGUCCGAACCCACGGCGCAGACACACCAGGAAUACCUGGCCAACUUGGGCAUCGACUCCUCCAAGAUCGGCAAGACGAAGUCUUCGAACAACACAAACAACAAACAGCUGGGCCGAUCCGCCGAGAGUAUGCACCAGUUCUCGGAUGAGGGAGGCGGCGAGGGUGGGGUGGAUACAGAUUUUGAGAAAAUGACGGAUCUGGAGACGGACGACGAAGCAGCCACUCUGGAGGCUAGGACUCAAGGGAUGAGUUUCCACGAGCCAGACACCGCCAACGUGGGGUCGCUGUCCAGUGUGGUCAACAGCGAGGAGGUGAACAGCGGCUCCUACAACUGGGACUACCUCAUCGACUGGGGGCCUCAGUACCAGCCACUGGCCCAUGUCUUCUCUGAGAUUGCAAAGCUCAAGGAUGAAAGCAUUACUCCGAAGAAACAGCCAAUCAAAACAGUGCCGCAGCGGCAGUUCAGCUCCUCUCUGAAACAGCCGCAGGUCCGCACGGUGCCGCCACCUAUCAUCACCAACGCCCCGCCCAUGUCGGUGUCCCUGCCAUCUGCCACAACCUCCAACCCGAGCAGUGGAGAGGCUCCGGACUACGCCCCGCCCAGGCACCCAGUCCCGCACCACAACCACCACCACCACAACCACCACCACCACCACCUGCCGCACACCCACGCUCAGCACCCUAUCCAGCAGAUGCCCCUCCCUCCGAUCCCCACGCAACAAGCGCCGCUCCAGGGCCCCGGGAUCACUAGUCACCUGCCAUUGUCUCAACCCAAUACUUCUGGCUACAGCACCCAGCAACAACAGCAACAGCAACAACAGGGUCAGUAUGAAGCUCCCCCACCGGCCUACAACCAGUUGUACAACCCAGCCUACCCUAAGAUGGGGUCUAACAACCACCACCACCAUCACCACAACAACAACAACAACAGCAAUAACGUGGCCGGUGUGGGUUACCCUCACCCCAACAACUCGCGGUCUCCACAGGUGGCCAGGCACCACCACCACCCACACCACAGCCCCAACGUCAACAAGCACAACCACUUCCACCAGCAACAGCAUCACCAUCACCCGCCGCCCCCACAACACCCACCACCACAACCCCCCUCCCACCAACAACAGCAACAAUCAUCGUCGGGGAGUCGGUCGCACCCUGUGUCCGGCCACGCCUCCACCAUGAACACUUCCCUCCCCUCCCUCCCCCGCUCGCCCAUCAGCUACGAGUCCAGCCUCACCUCUGCGGCCAUGACCCCGUCUUUGACCCCGUCUCUCUCCCCACUGGCCACAAGGUCACCGUCGAUUUCCCCCGUUGUCAGCAGUGGACACACAACGCCGGGAAAAUCGAGUUCGCGACAAAAUCUAACGAAACGCUCUUCCAACUCUCAAAGCAUAUCAUCCACGAAUUCGGAGAAAGAGUUCACAAUUUAGUUAGUAGCUAGAUAACUUGGAACCUUCUUUGACAAGACUUUCUAUGGAUUUCAUCCCUCAUUGUGUUUGCAACUUUCAUACCAUUUCAAGAAGCCUGCGUCUCGUGGUAGACCUUGUAAAGCAGUUUCUGGAACUUUGACUUGUGUUUCACUACUCAUUAAAUGUAUCAUAAAGGCCUUUAUCUCGGGGGCUGACAAAGUCUCUGCACCGCGAAGUCUCAACACCAUCGUCCUGCUGUUCCCGCCAUGGCAGACUUUGGUGAAACAUGCUGAGACCGGGGCUUCACUUGUAGACUAACUUUUUUUCAUACCGCCAACGAACUUACGGAUAUUACCAAGGUCAUGCAUAUCCCUAAAGUCAUGAAGAAUGGGUGUCUGGAACAAUAUCAGAAGACUUCUUGCUUAGCAGGCUCUCACCAAGAAGUUAUUCUGAUUGGCGGAGAAGAAAAUAUAUCGUCUAUUCUGACUGGCUGAACUGGAAAAGAAAACAUAUCGUUCAUUUUGAUUGGAUCGAAUCUACUCCAGUUCGAUAAGUACAAAGUUUUCUAAUUGAUAAGGAACUUCUGUUCUGUUUGGAUAUGUUCCUAAAAACCCUGUAUAGCAAAUGUGCGUGCCCUGUAUAGCAAAUGUGCGUGCGAUAGCGUGCGAAAUGACACUCCACCAGAAUGUCUGACAAGAUAGUUCCGUUGUGGGCACCUGGUGUGACAGCUGAGAGGAUAUUACCCGAAGCAUAUCAAGGAUCUGAGACAGCCGGAGGAACAAGUUUCUGGAACAUUCUCUCCCAUGUUGGACGUUUUCCUUGUUGUGAUAAUGUGUGGUGAGGGAAGGCUGAUGAUGUGCCAGUUGAGAGGAGAGGAGGGGAGGGUGGAGGUGAACGGAAAUAUACUUCUAUGAGUACACGACAUGCGUGUUUGAGAGAAAGUUGGAGUGGGAUGGACAAGGGGAAGAGGGAGAGUGAGAGAAAGCGAGGAAUGAAAUGAAUGGAUCUCGACCAAAUUUUUCUAUUAUUUUUGUAUUGAACACUUGAAGGUUGAAAAGAUGAACAGUGUGUGUGUGGUCAGAGAGUGUGUGUUUUUGUAACUGGUGAAGUCUUUGCCCAUCUCUGUGGUACAUGUUGUCUGUGUGUGGUGAUAAAGUCUUUACUAGUCUCUCUCUGUCUCUCUCUCUCUCACUCUCUCUCUCUCUCU